AUGGCCGGCCGUCGCCCUGCUAGAGGCAAUAGAUCGCCCACUCCGGAAGGGAGCCGUGGAUUUCGUAGCCUCAAAGUGGUGAACAAUGCUUCUCCGACCACUGAACAGGCGCCUGCCAACAACGACACCAGCGGCCACGCGCCAGUACCGCGGACCUCCAACCUGCAGAUGAACGCAGCUGUUCCGGUUGCUGGCGCUUAUGCCUCACCUGCUGCAUAUGGAACACGUAGCACAAGCGCGCGCCGUGGGGCAAUCACAAACGCUACAGCCGCUGUUGGUGGUUCCCCUCAGCAGGCGGGGCAGCGUCAGCAAUCGGCCGCCACAGGUGGUCCUUCUUCGCAGCAGGCGCGGCAGCGUCAGCAUACCGCCGCCGCUGCUGGUCGUUCCCUGCAGCAGGGGGGUGUGCAUCACUCCUCCGCCUCUGCUGACGGUGCAUCACAGCUACAGGGACCUCCUCCCCUUCCUACCGCCGCUGCUGCUGGCUACUCGCAUCAGCAGGAGAUGCUGCAUCACUCCUCUGCCGCUGCUGCCGGUGCUUCACAGCCGCAGGGACCUCCUCCCCUUCCUACCGCCGCUGCUGCUGGCUACUCGAGUCAGCAGGAGCUGCUGCAUCACUCCUCCGCCUCUGCUGCCGGUGCUUCACAGGUGCAGGGUCCUCCUCCCCUUCCUACCGCCGCUGCUGCUGGCUACUCGCAUCAGCAGGAGGUGCUGCAUCACUCAUCUGCCGCUGCUGCCGGUGCUUCACAGCCGCAGGGACCUCCUCCCCUUCCUACCGCCGCUGCUGCUGGCUACUCGAGUCAGCAGGAGCUGCUGCAUCACUCCUCUGCCACUGCUGCCGGUGCUUCACAGCUGCAGGGUCCUCCUCCCCUUCCUACCGCCGCUGCUGCUGGCUACUCGAAUCAGCAGGAGGCGCUGCAUCACUCCUCUGCCGCUGCUGGCGGUGCUUCACAGCCGCAGGGACCUCCUCCCCUUCCUACCGCCGCUGCUGCUGGCUACUCGAGUCAGCAGGAGCUGCUGCAUCACUCCUCUGCCGCUGCUGCCGGUGAUUCACGGCUGCAGGGUCCUCCUCCCCUUCCUACCGCCGCUGCUGCUGGCUACUCGCAUCAGCAGGAGCUGCUGCAUCACUCCUCUGCCGCUGCUGCCGGUGCUUCACAGCUGCAGGAUCCUCCUCCCCUUCCUACCGCCGCUGCUGCUGGCUAA